AUGCCCUCUCAGCGCCCGGUGCGGCUCUUCGCCCUACUUUGCAUUGCUGCACUUGGCUGGUCAUUUUGGCCGCGCAGCACUGCAGCACCAGUGGACUGGGACGAACGCCGCGGCGAAGUGAAAAAUGCAUUUCUUCAAAGUUGGACAGCAUAUUCUGCCUAUGCCUGGGGCAACGACAAAUUUCACCCCAUCGCGAAGACAGGCUCGCAGAUGAGCCCGAAAGGCUUAGGUUGGAUCAUUGUCGAUAGCCUCGAUACACUCAUGAUCAUGAACCUGACCACGGAGCUGGCGGAUGCCCGGCGCUGGGUUGCUCGAAAACUGGAUUACAACCAAGAGCAGGAUGUGAACACGUUCGAAACGACGAUCCGUAUGCUGGGCGGAUUGCUCUCUGCGCACUAUCUUGCUGGCGCACUGCCCGGCACUUCUUCUCGCCGCGACAAUGUAUACCUCACCAAGGCCAUUGAUCUAGCAGAUAGGCUACUCGGCGCCUACGAUUCGCCGUCGGGCGUUCCGUACGCAAGCAUUUAUCUGAGCUCUCGGAAAGGCAUUCCCUCUCACGACGGUGGCGCAUCUUCAACUGCGGAAACAACGACGCUGCAGAUCGAGAUGAAGUAUCUGUCGAACCUCACGGGAAACGAGAUUUAUUGGCGGAAGGCGGAGAAUGUGAUGCGAGUCGUGGACGGAAAUCGUGCCAAGGAUGGACUAUUGCCCAUUUUCAUCGACCCUCAAAGUGGUCGUUUCACGACCAGUGAGAUCCGACUUGGGAGCCGUGGCGACUCCUACUACGGCAGGUUCCGCGAUCACAAAAUCAUGCAAGGGCAAUAUCUGGUCAAGCAAUACCUGCAUACGGCCGAGCAAGAGCCAAUCUACCAGGACAUGUGGCAAGAGGCGUUGGAAGGAAUUGAAAAGCAUUUGUUGAUCCCGACGAAGAAAUCGAAACUGACAUUCGUGGCCGAACUGCCGUACGGUAUAGGGGGACAGCUCUCUCCCAAGAUGGACCAUCUGGUAUGCUUCCUCCCGGGGACCAUCGCCCUCGGCGCAACUGGUGGUCGAACGGAAGCAGAAGCACGAAAACUACCCACGUGGACCAACAAGAAAGAGAGGGAGAUGCAUAUUGCUAGGGAGCUGAUGAAGACCUGCUACGGGAUGUACGCUGUCACGGCCACUGGUCUCGCCCCUGAGAUCACCUGGUUCCACGCCACAGAGAAAUCGCUCCAGCCGAACUCGGGUCCUGCCCGCCCGUUGCCCAGAAGCUCCGAUUCGGUGAAGGACUGGCUCGAAGACUACGAGAUCCGUCCGCUCGACGCCCAUAACCUGCAGCGUCCCGAGACGGUCGAGAGUCUUUUCCUGAUGUGGCGCAUCACGCAGGACCCCAUAUAUCGCGAGUGGGGGUGGACCAUCUUCCGCGCAUUUCAAGAGCACACUCGGCUCCUUGACGGGGAAGGCUUCACUUCGCUCCAGGAUGUGAGGCAGGUCCCACCGCCCCGGCGGGACAACAUGGAAAGUUUCUGGCUGGCCGAAACACUGAAAUACCUUUACCUGCUCUUCUCGCCGGACGAUCUGCUCCCACUCACCGAGGUCGUAUUUAACACUGAAGCGCACGUAUUGCCGGUUUUGCGACAGACGCAGUUCACUACAGGAUGGCAGCGGACGCCUCGGUGA